GCUUUGGAUAAAAGCGUCUGCUAAAUGCAAUGUAAUGUAAAAAGAACAGAACAAAUUUUUACCUGCAUAUCAGAAGUAAAUCAAAUUGACUUUACCAAGGCUUUAGACAUAUAAACUGUUUCAUUACAUCAAUGCUCUAAUUUUAAUUUUCUCUUCACGGAAUUCAUAUUCUUCUGUGUUCAAACCUGUGUGGAUGGUGAAAUAUACAUUUUAAAGAGGGGUUCCUUCAUCCCAUGCAUUGUAUUGCAGACCUUCAUGGGUAAAUGGCAUUAAAAGAUAACCCCACGGCAUUGGUAUUUGGUGUGCUAAAGAAUCAAAACAACCCUUUACCACAGUAGAACAUUCAUUCUGUGGGGUGAAAAAGUUGGUUAAAAUAAUUUAAUAUUUGCAAUGUACAAGAAAGUGUAAUGUACUAUAAUAUUUUAUUCAAGGGGCAAAAAUAAACACAGUGCAACAAUGAAGACAGUGUAAAUAAUAUACUCAGAUUAUGACAAAAAACAUGAACUGACAACUUCACAUUUGCUUGUUCAUGGAGCCAUCAGUGACUGUGAAUCCUUAAACUGCUCUGGGAGCGUACAUAUUAACGUCACUGCCCGUGGUCAGAAAAAUUGUUUCAUUUCUUAGAAGUAGCCUUUUGAGGAAUAAUAUCACCAAAAGUGCCUGAAAGGUCCCUAAAUGUCACAAGAAAUUUCAAACAGUUUAAAGGUGUACCACAUUAUGGAGGAUCAACUGGCAGAAAUGGAAUAUCAUGUUAACAUUCGUGUGCAAUGAAAAUAAGUAAUAAUAAUUAUUGGUUUUGUCAUUUUAGCACUAAAUGACAGUGGACCUUUAAAGCAGUUGUGUGGCCAAGACCAGCCCAAUGCAGGUUUAGAAACUUUAAUUUCAUGCAUUUAAAAUGGGUGAAUAUUUGGUCAGUGGUGUAUUUUCAUUUGCUUGUAUAAUACAGGGAUAGUGAUUCCUAUCCCUCAACAAGUCUGAAGCUAUGAUGAUCUACUGUAAGAAGAGACAAGACAAGCGAACAGUAGGCAUAAAAUAUCCAUGGUUGUUAUGGAAACACGGUUUCAUGAAUCACUGUGUUUUCUUUUUUUUUCUGUGCCCAAAAGCUGCAGUUUAUAAAGCUGUCUUGUGCACUGUGCCCAUUACUGUCUGUAUUGUAAGCCUUAAGAUCUGUUAGGUAUUAGGUGUGGGAAGAGACCAAGUUUUAGUCUGCUCCCACUGAGAUGACUAAUUGGCUGGCUAGUUGGUUGGCUGGCUGGCCAGUGGGCUAAACAACUGACUGACAAUGCAGAGACACACUGAGGAAAGACAGAAAAUACAUGGUAGAUAGGAGAUGUAUUUGGAAGACAGGGUAAGACAGGGUAGGAUGCAAAAGCAGUAUCAAUCUCAUGUAGGACUCAUUGACUCUGGAUCAUUGUAAGACUGCAGUGAUGAUAUGUCCAUCAAGUGUCAUGUCAUAUUAAUGCAUUACUGCUGGUUAGAUUAGUUUUCUAUUAUGUGCUGUAUUUUGUUAAUUGCAUGUAUUGUUUAUUAAUCUAUCUUUAAGUAUGUUUUGGAAUUCCUUCAGUUAUGAUUGUUAUUUUUCUUUGAUUUGAGUUUACAUGCUUGCUUUGGAAACUGAGUCGCGGGGAGGAGCUUCAGCCAAAGUGGAUGCCAAGUGAUGGAUGGAAGCAGCACAAACCACAGGGAGAUCUUCAGACUAACAAAGUGGAGGACGGCUCGCGGUGGCUAACCGGCGUGGUGUAAGGGACUGCAGAGGGAAGAUUGGAGCAUGGUUUAGCGUGCUGGACAGGAAGACGAAGCAGGACGGAAGAAGACACACGGCAGACGGCAGCGAGACGCCUGUGAACGGCUGCAGUGUGGGUCUGAUUUGUGUAUUAAUAAAAGAAUCCCUUACAAACGGGUUUGGUCUCCGACUGGUCCAUGCUAAGAACCCACUGUGGCAGCAAGCCUGUCACAUUUUGGCGCCCAACCAACGUAGCACAAGAGGCGAUGUCGGAACCACAGCAGGUGCAGCCAGUAACGGCGCUGGCCCAAAUGGUGGCGGAGGUUGCCGGGACCAGGCAACAGCUCGCGGCGCUUCAGCAGCAGACCGAGAGGCAGACGCAGCUGCUGGAGGCGAUGUUGGUCCGGGCAGGAGCAACGCCACCGGGUCCCUCGCUCUCCGGCAUGACCCUGCACAGGAUGACCGGGAAUGAUGAUGCGCAAUCGUACCUCGAAAUGUUCGAGGUGACAGCGUCGGCGCGCGGCUGGCCGGAGGCAGAGUGGCCCGUGCGGCUGCUUCCACUUUUAUCCGGGGACUAGCAGACAGUGGCGCUCGGCCUGCCUGUCUCCUCUCGCGGGCAGUGCCGGUCCGUGAAGAGGGCUGUCCUUGACCGACUGGGAUAUUCGGCCGAGGACCACCGCCGGAAGUUUCGGGGGACCAAGCUGGGGCCCACCGACCGCCCGUUCACCUAUGCCCAGCAGCUGAGGGACGCGGCGUAUAGAUGGCUGCAACCGGGGGAGACCACAGGCGAGAGACAGCUGAUGGGGAAAAUCGUGCUGGAACAGCUCGUGGAGGGGCUGCCGGUUGGCACCCUCGAGUGGGUGCGUUGUCACCGCCCCGACGACCUGGCGGCUGCCGUCGCCCUCGCGGAAGACCAUCUGGCCGUCCACUCCCAGGGCCAGGCAUCAGAGGCGCGGCCAGCGUCCUCCUGCCGUCCCAGCCCGGCACCUCGCAGGAGACCCGUGCCAGUACCCGGUCCCCCGCAGUACACACCCGCUCGCCCCUCCCCUGCUCCUCGCACUAAUAUCCCCUCUUUUUCUCUUCAGCCACAGGGUCCAGCUGCUACGGGCGCUGCUCUUAGCCCACAGAGGGUCCCUCAGGCCGCAGGGCAGGAGUGCUGGAGGUGCGGGCAGCCCGGACACUUCCGCCGCGAGUGUCCACUAAUGGAGGUCGGGCAGGUGAUCCGGGUUGUCGGCCCUCCGGCACCCUCCCCUGGUCCAGGAGAGACGUACAGCGUUCCGGUAAGGAUUCAGGGGGGUACACAUCAGGCAAUGGUGGACUCGGGCUGCAUGCAGUCUAUAGUUCACCAGAACCUGAUUCGACCCGGGGCAUUGUUAGAGGCAGGAUGGGUGGAUAUCAGGUGUGUGCAUGGAUAUUUACAGAUAUCCUGUGGUGCCAGUGGCAAUUCGUUACAAGGGUAAAAAGCAUAGUGUGAAGGCUGCGGUUAGUUCCCGCCUGGCGCAUCCUCUGAUCUUGGGCACAGAUUGGCCUGGGUUUGAUAGGUUAGUGGGGCAGUGUGUGGGGGUGCACUCACGACCGACAGGGACAUGGGAUAUGUGCGCUGUGCUCAGUGGUGACGCGAGGUUGUCCGACACUGCAGACGGGGAGGGGGAGCCAGCGGUGCCUUCUCAGGAGGUGCCGCCGGUUCCUGUGUUUAACUCCAUGGAAGAUUUUCCACUUGAGCAGUCUCGUGAUGAUACUCUACGCUUUGCCUUUGACCAAGUGAUACAAAUUGAUGGUCACAUGGUGCGCCCUGACGCAGCGCUAACGUAUCCACAUUUUUCAUUGCGCAGGGACAGAUUAUAUAGAGUGAGUCGUGACACUCAAGCAGAUGACAUAAUAACCCAAUUGUUGGUCCCAAAAAGCCGUCGGGAAAUAGUUUUCCAGGCGGCUCAUUAUAACCCGAUGGCUGGACACAUGGGAUAUGAUAAAACACUAAACCGGAUAAUGGCUCGAUUCUAU